AAGACUCACAUACAAUGAGAAGCCUUGACCUGGCAUGUGAGCUUACAUCAUUUGGCCAAAGUGUGGAACUAACACCUCAUUUUUUUGUAAAAAUAAUUUUUUAAAGCACUGGCACUGGCUAUCUCUUUCUUUUUUUGUGUACAAAAAAGGGUUAACUGGUGCUAAGGAUGCCUCAGCCAAGAGCAAGAUUAACUGGUGCUAUGGAGGGCUGAGGCAAGAGAAGAGUUAACUGGUGCUAUGGAGGGCUGAGGCAAGAGAAGAGUUAACUGGUGCUAUGGAGGGCUGAGGCAAGAGAAGAGUUAACUGGUGCUAUGGAGGGCUGAGGCAAGAGAAGAGUUAACUGGUGCUAUGGAGGGCUGAGGCAAGAGAGGAGUUAACUGGUGCUAUGGAGGGCCCAGAAAGGAAGGAGGAGGGGUUAUUCCCUACGUGUGCACAAUUUUUGGGGGUUUGCGCCCUGGAAAAAUGAUCCUUGUACAAGGCAGAGUCUCUGGCACAGCAAAUAGAUUCUCCAUAGAUCUGCAGGUGGGUUGCAGCACAAGGCCACGGGCUGAUGUGGCUUUUCAUUUCAACCCCCGAUUCUCUUCCUCUGAAACAUUGGUGGUGUGCAAUACCCUGACCAGGGAACAGUGGCUUCAUGAGGACCACCAUCUCUGUCCUCAGCUCCGCAAGGGACAACCAUUUUUGUUGCUCUUCCUUAUUCUGGAGGACAAAAUCAAGGUCAGCAUUGAGGGGCAGCACCUUCUAGAUUACCCCAACCGUCUCCCUCUGUGUGAUGUGGACACUCUAGGCAUAUGUGGAGAUGUCUCUGUGCAGGGGAUCUCAUUCCUCUGCAGAAAUCCUUUUAGCGAUGGUGACACAGAAUAUCCGCUGUGCCAGCCCCUAAAACUUGGCAAUGUGGCAAUGGCCACACCCCUUUCAAAACCUUUGCCUAAUGGUAUCUCAGACGGUCAUAUGACUACAGUACGCGGUUUAGCAUCAGCCAGUCCAGAUGAAAUUAUUAUCCUGCUGAAAUCUGGUGACUUCAUUCCCUUCAAGCUGACUGCCAGCUUCAAAGACCAGACGCUGCUUUACAAUUACCUAAUGGGCCCACUCUGGGCUAAGCCCCAGGAAAUUCAGACUCCAUUUUUCCUGUUUCAUGCAGAAAGAUUUUUUGAGAUACGCAUCUUUUCUGAGACUAGGGGUUUCAAGCUUGCCAUUAAUGGGGUCCCACUGGAUGUAUUCUCUCCUCCUGCGCUGGACUUGAAAUCCAUUGAUGAGAUACAGAUUAAUGGCAGUGUCAAAGUAUAUAGUUUUAUAUGCUAGCCACAUGCCAUAGCCGCCAGGACUGCCCUACUGUGUUGGUUUCAUGCUGGCACUUGCAUGACAGGUGCCACUUAUUCUCCAAUAUCUUCUUGUUGUGCACAAAACAGCCCCCCCCCAUCCUUCUCUCUUGUACUGCAAUGUGUUUGCCCUGCCAUCUGGGUCAUCUUGGUGACUAAAUGAUGGGAAAUGUCUAGGCUGUGUAUUAUGACUUGUUUGUCUUUGCAAGCCACAUUUCAUGGAAAACAAUGAUAUCCCUGUAAUGUAAUAAAUGGUCUUAAAUUUGCUACUUGUCUAGUAACCUAUAGCAACCAAUCAGUUGGUAACAUUUACUCAGCAUCCCUUUUGAUUGCUAUAGGAUACCAGAUGUUGGCAAGCUAAAGACAUUUGAUUACAUUACCCCAUUAGUACUCAAUAGACAUCUCUUGUGAUACAAACCAUUGUCCAAUUACUUGUAGGGUAGGGAUGUGUCCAUGUUCAUUUCAUGGGGGUAUCAGUUGUAAACCCAAUGCGCGGAUAUCCCUGUUUCAUGCAAGCUGGGGCUGUGGGCUUGCCAUCUCAAUGUAAUGUUCAAUAUUAUCAGCAGUAAGGCAGAUAUUGGGCUUAAUUAGGUCAAGGCUGGUUUGUCUUUCAUGAUCUCCAAGGUUCCCACCCCACAACAACUUGCCUUGUACCUUGAGAGCACGAAGUGGACUGGUUCACUCUGCCUUUGCCAUGUAGGAAUUUGAAAUGUAAUUGUAUAAAAUAAGUCAAUGGAAAUGCAUAACACAUCACAGAACAUUCAAAUGCACUAUAAUGUAUAAAGCAUAUCUGAAAUCAAUGAAAUAAAUAUAUAUAUGUAU